GAUAAACAGGAUGACCGACAAGUUCUCUCAGCUGCGAUCGAAAUGGGCGGGCUCCAGCAACGCGGAGGCUCUGUUCUUCAAAGCGAGCGGGAUGAGCCCGGCGAUGCGCCUCGAGGUUCCCGAGCUGGGACGCGAGUUCACUGACGGACUUUACAUUGGUACCGACCCUGCCGGCACUGUGUUCUAUGACACGGCCGAUUCGUUCGACAUCAAGGACUCGGACCCCGUUUACUACAAGGCCGAGCAAUACUAUAACGAGGCUGACAGCAAGUGGUGCGCUUGGGUCCGCUUCUACCGCGAAAACGUGGAGAAUCCCCAUGCCGAGUUCCUGGCAUAUGAUCCUCAACAAACGGUGACCAACACAGGUAUCGAUAAGAAGUCGACCUGCCAGGGCAAGUGGACCUUACUCAAGAUUGGCGUCGCGACAACGACUGUGCGCAAGCUUGCCGACGAGUCCAAGAUCACCUUCACCGUCGACUCGGUCAAUCUCAAGGCGGUUAUUCACACGGGAUCGCAAUCGUUCAACCCCAAGUCCGUCAAUUACCUUUCCGGGCUUUUGUAUUUCAAGGAUAUGAACACCGUCAAGUCGGGAACGUGUGCCAAUUACAAUAACGAUCGUGUCGUCUUCUACAGGAACAGAAACGAGAUCGACUUUACCGCUUACUUCGUCCCCUACCUGGAUCCCAACUUGACGCUUGGAUCUACGGACACCAAGAUCUUCGAGGACGCGAUUUUGGUCGGUGUCAUCGGUGGCAGCGGGUUGUACAACCUCGGGAACUUGACUUUCAUCAAGCAUCCCUGGGGUUUCCCUUCGUCUCCCAUAGCCAUCUCCUCCCUCCCCUCCGGUGCGCUCGUGGCUUUCGUCGCGCGUCACGGCGUCGACCACUCUAUCUCCCCAACGGACAUCCCCGCACGCGCCAACAUCGCUGCGCUCAAGUCGCUCGGCGUCCGCACGAUCGUCGCGUUCUCCGCCGUCGGCUCCCUGCGCGAGGAGAUCGCGCCGGGCGACUUCGUCCUUCCCUCGCAGCUGAUCGACCGGACCAAGGGCAUCCGCGCGACGUCCUUCUUCGACGGAACGGGCUUCGUGGCGCAUGUCGGAUUCAGCGACCCGUACUCGCUCAAGCUGUCCAAGUGGCUCGAGGGCGCGGUCGCUGAGGCGCUGAAGGAGGAGGGACGCGGCGUCAAGCUCUGGACGGGCAAGACGCUCGUCGUGAUGGAGGGCCCGCAGUUCUCGACCCGCGCCGAGAGCCUGAUGUACCGUCAAUGGGGAGGCGAUCUCAUCGGCAUGACUGCCCUGCCCGAGGCCAAGCUUGCGCGAGAGGCAGAGAUCAGCUUCGCUCUGAUCGCCACAUCGACCGACUACGAUGCAUGGCGCCCUCACGAAGCGGGUGUGACCGCGGCUGAGGUGGGCAAGAUCCUCCAACAAAACGCAGAGACGUCCCGAUACGUUGCGGCCCAUGUCAUCGAGCGUCUGCUCGUCGCCGGUGCCGAGGACGAGAGCCUCUUGAGCGAGGAGGUUGGAUGUAUGAAGUUCGCACUCAUGCGCAGCCCCGCCGAGUUCCCUCACCGUGGUCUCGGCUAUGUCCUCCCUGAGUACUUCAAAACCCAUUAGCUGUAUGUGUGGAACGUGUUCCGGGUUCUCAACAACCAAAUUUAUGUAUGUAUGUAUACAGUGCAGAAACUAGCCAUCUAUUCAUGUUAGGAAAGCGCGGUGGCUCAGGCGGUGCCGGCAGCCUUUCUCGCAUCGACCUCGACCUUGUUCCAAACCGGUCGUGGCAUCCUGAAUCCAUUCCCAACCAAAGCAUAGGUCGUGUCGCCGAGACGGCUCACGGCCAUAUAUUUGGCCGGGUCGAUCGCUGUCCCCGCCUCGUUGAGUACGGCUUUUCUGACGUGGACCAACUUGACGGUGCCGAGCACCAAACUGGAGCGCACUUCCCCCGCAUCGUUUUUGAUUUCGACGAUUUGGAGCAGCUAUCCACAGAUUAGAAACAGGGUCUGAAGGACUGCAACGGCGUGCUGCUGACCUCGCAUUCGAGGCUAAACGCGGAUUCCUUGAUGCGGGGCGGUUUCACCGACGUCUAGGGAAAUGAGUUGACUUGGUGGCGCAGACAAAAACGACGGCAUAGCUCACACUAGGCUCCCUGGUCAAUCCGGUGAUAUCCCACUCGCUCACAUCCGGAGGCGCGUCGAUCGAAGCGGCGUUGGCCUGCGCGAUCCAUGGCUCGCUGAUGAGACUGACCGUGAAUUCCUUCGUCGCGCGGAUGUUGUUCACGGUGUCUUUGAAUUUGUUGGCUCCGCCCGUGGACGCGAAGGAGAUCACGGUGGGGUUGUACGAGACCUGAUUGAAGAAGCUGCGGAACAAGGAUUAGCACGGGUACGUUUCUCGGCUGCGGAUGCCCGUAUCGGUAUUCAGCAUUACCUGAACGGUGCAAUGUUUCCCACUCCGCUCUCGUUCUCUGUGGACACGAACGCGAUAGGUCGGGGAGCGAUACCCGAAAUCGUCAUCUUGUAUACCUCUCUGAUAGAGGUUGAGUGAGCGAGAGAGGACCGAGGCAGAUAUCACUCGCCUAGGAUCGGUUGUGCGCGCGUCGAUAGUCUCCCAUCCAAGCUUCUCUUGCUCUGCCCAUUGUCGUCCGCCCUCCGUAGACGCGGCCUUUUGCCCGAAGGUGAAUUCGGCGUCUGGUGGCUGGGUGUACUUGAAGGACGAUGGCUCAAACGGUGGUAAUGAGGAGCCUGGAUCCGACAUAGUACUGUGAGAGCCCAAGAAGCACAAGGUACUGAAUCAUAUUUCCAACUCGGAUGAUAAAGCAUUCACAUUGGAUGAGGUCAUCCCCGAGUAUCCCUGCUAAGCGUGAUUGUCACGUGAAACUUCGUCUGCUAACUGGCACAUGCUCGCAAUCUUGCGAAAGUUAGCUUCACACCGGCUACAAGGGCUCCGGAUCGCCUCCAACAGUCUGCAUCACCCCCCUCUAUCCCCCCUGACUGCUUCCCACCUGCCCCCAGGACCACGAGCGACACGCAGCAUCUCCAUGACUGUACAGAAGAUCCCGACCACGGAGCGCCUCAGUACGCUGCGCACGUACCUGGCGCAAGAGGGCGUGGAUGCGUUUGUCGUACCCAGCGAGGACCAGCACUCGAGCGAGUAUCUGGCUUCGUGCGACGAGCGGAGAGCGUUUAUUUCUGGGUUCAAUGGAUCGGCUGGAUGUGCCAUCGUGACCAAAAAAGACGCGUAUUUGUUCACGGACGGACGGUAUUUCCUGCAAGCUGAGCAGCAGCUGGAUGCCAACUGGACGCUGAUGAAGCAAGGCCUCCCUGAUGUUCCUACGUGGCAAGAAUUUCUUUCCAAAAAUCUCGGUGACGGUUCGAACAUCGGUAUCGAUUCUACCCUGAUCUCGGCUUCCGACGCGGAAUCUCUUACCAAGUCUCUCGACACGCGGGGCUCUUCACUUGUUUCCCUGCCCAAGAAUCCGGUAGACACAGUCUGGGCUGGAGACCGGCCUUCACGGCCCAAGAGUCAGAUACACGUCCUGGAUGUCAAAUAUUCCGGUGAAUCGCAUACAUCCAAGUUGGCACGUCUCCGGGCCGAGUUGGCGACCAAGUCUGCAACUGCCAUGGUCGUCACAAUGCUGGACGAAGUGGCAUGGUUAUUCAACCUUCGCGGAACCGACAUUGCAUUCAACCCCGUCUUUUUCGCCUAUGCCGUCGUGACUACUGACAAAGCCGUCCUCUUCGUCAACAACGAUCAGCUCAAUGAGGACGUGAAGAAUAGUUUAGGAAGCGAAGUUGAGGUCAAGGGCUACGACGAGAUCUGGUCCUACCUGAAAGGAUUGGGUGAUCAAGUUCUCCUUGGCGACAAGUCGAGUUUGGCGGUAGCUCAAGCUGUUGGUGAGGGGAAUUACACACUUUCUCUGUCGCCCGUCGCAGAGAUGAAGGCGAUCAAGAACGCCGCAGAACUAGAAGGUUUCCGCCAAAGCCAUAUCCGUGACGGUGCGGCAUUGGCCAGGUACUUUGCCUGGCUCGAGGAGCAGCUCCAUUCUGGUGCCAAGCUGGAUGAGAACCAAGUCGCCGAGCAAUUGGAGGCAUUCAGAUCUGAGCUGGACCUUUUCCGAGGGCUGUCUUUCCCUACCAUUUCGUCCACCGGUUCCAACGCUGCCAUCAUUCAUUACUUCCCAACGCCGGGCGAUUGCUCCGAGGUCAAACGCGAUGAGAUAUAUCUCUGCGAUUCUGGAGCCCAAUUUCUGGAUGGAACCACUGACGUCACUCGCACCUGGCACUUUGGCACAGCGACUCCCGAGGAAAAGCGUGCGUUCACUCGCGUUUUGCAAGGCCACAUUGCGAUCGAUACCGCUAUCUUUCCGAGCGGGACAACCGAAGAAAGUAGAGAUGCAUUUGCUCGACGAGCGCUGUGGCAAGACGGUCUAGCCCCUAGACACGGAACGGGACAUGGUGUCGGCCACUAUCUGAACGUACACGAGGGCCCUCACGGAAUGGGUGUUCGGAUUGCUUACAAUGCCACACCAUUGAAGCCUGGAAUGACGGUCUCAAACGAACCCGGCUACUACGCCGACGGGAAGUUCGGCAUCCGUAUCGAGAACAUCGUGUUGGUCAAGAAAGUCGACACGCCGAACAAUUUCGGGGACAAGGGAUAUCUCGGCUUCGAGAAUGUGACAAUGUGCCCGAUCCAGACGUCGCUCAUUGACCGAAGCGUGUUCACCGCGGAGGAGGUGGGCUGGAUCAACAAGUACCACGAGGAGGUCCUUGCCAAGGUUUCGCCCCUGAUACAAAACGACCCCCGGGCUCUGGAAUGGCUGAAGAAGGAGUGCGCGGCUAUCUAGUGGUAGACUAGAUUUUCCUUCGAAGGUCUGAUAAGAUGAGACUGCAAUGUAAAGCAAGGCAUGUCAUUUAAUGAGAUUUUUGGAACGCCUGGGCUGUAAAUCUUGU